GGAACUCCAUACGGAACGGCAUGUGGCCGACAUCCAUGUCCAACCUGUGUGUCAUAUGUUCGGCAUUUUUUCUACUCAUGGUUUGCGAGCCGUCGGUCACCCAGUUAUUGACGGACAGACUCUGGAGAUUUGGGUUUCAAAUCUACAUCAUAUCCAGUUUGCCACUAAUGUUGCGGGCGGUGAUCAUCUCAUGCGUGUUUGGCAUCAGUUUCAUAUUAGUGGCGCUAAUACUGCGACAAUAUUUCAUACGACUAUUGCUGUCAUACAGGGGUUGGAUGAACGAGAUCUCAUCCCGGGGUAAAUCCAAGAAAGUGAUGCUCUGGGCGAUCGCACUGCGACUGGUCAGCGGCUACCAGCCCUCUCUCUAUAGCUUUCAGCGUUCAUUGCCGCGAAUGCCGGUGCCGUCGCUCAGGCAUACCAUUCACAAGUUGUUUGAGUCGUUGAAACCUGUUUGCAGUGAAGAAGAGCUCGUCGUCUUGAAAAAGCAAUCAAAAGUGAGUUGA